AUGGGUGGUCGGACGUUUUUAUUAGUUGCUGCGAUCGGAUUUCUGUUUGCGUUGACGUUUUCCUACGAGGUUUUCGUUUCUUCAUACGUUUUUGCAAUCGUUGAGUCACCACGUGAAUUGGCCUACGCCUAUGAAUUGUUGCCUUCAUCCAAUAUUGGUCCAAUCUUCCCAUCGCAUCCAACCAAUGACUUGCCUGUUUAUUUUGCCAAUCCACCGAAUGCUUGCUCUCGAUUGAAUAAUUUUUGGGUUCAUCCACCUCCAUAUUUUGCAUUAUUGGUGAAACGUGGUGGCUGCACUUUUGUCGAGAAAGCUAUUCAGGCGGAAAAAGCCGGUGCCGUGUUGAUGAUUGCCACGGAUGUUGAUGAUGAUCGUUGGCAAAAUGGACAUAUCGACAUGCUAGGUGAUGAAACGGAACGCCAUCCUGACAUAUGGGCUGCAUUCCUUGUUGGUGCAAGCGGGCAAAAGUGGAUCAAUUAUUUUGAAGCAAAUCCAGGAAAAUCGAUUCGAAUCACCGCGCCAAUCAAUCACACAUUUUACGAUCUUGAGCGACAUCGGACACCACCAGCACCAUGGGAGAUUCUCCAUUUCGAAAGCGAC